AUGCCCACCGUCACCAAAACCGUAAAAGGUGCCAAUAACGGCUCUACUCGUGCCGUAGAACGACCAAAGGCUCCCAGAUUCUACCCAGCUGAUGAUGUAGCUGCUCCCAAAAAAUCCCGUAAAGCUAAAAUCCCUCACGUCGCUUUACGCUCCUCAAUCACUCCUGGAACCGUACUGAUAUUGGUUGCUGGAAGAUUCAGAGGAAAGCGUGUCGUAUUCUUGAAGCAACUGUCAUCUGGUCUCCUAUUGGUCACUGGCCCUCACAAAAUCAACGGUGUCCCAUUGAGAAGGGUCAACCAAGCUUAUGUCAUUGCUACUUCUACCAAAGUCGAUAUCGCAUCUGUCAAGAUCGAUGACAAAUACAACGAUGUAUACUUCAAGAAGGAAAAGGUCGCCAAGGACAAAGCUACCGCUGAAGCCUUACUCGACGGAAAAGUACAAAAGAAGGAAUUACCAAAAUCACGAAUUGCAGACCAAAAGGAAGUCGACAAGGCCCUCCUCGUCGUCAUCAAAAAGGUUCCUCAACUAAAGGCCUACUUGAACUCGUCCUUUGCUCUGUCAAAAGGUCAACUACCUCAUACCCUCAAGUUCUAA